AUGGAGACAUUCCCGCAGCGAGAGCCUCUCUUCCUGGCACCUCAGCCAAUAGAUCCUAGUACUGGACGAUUGGUUAUCCAAAAAGUGCUUAUUGCGAAUCGAGGCGAGAUUGCAUGUCGUGUCAUUGCGACUUGCCGAAAACUUCAAAUUCGCACCGUAAUUAUAUACGUGCAAGAGGAUGCGGAUUUACGGCACGUUGUCGAGGCUGAUGAAGCCAUCAACGUGGGAAGCAUUUCGGCCCAUGCGAUCAAUCCAUUUUUAAACAUCGACCUGCUGGUCCAAACGGCACUCGAUACGAGAUCAAGCGCUGUCCACCCUGGCUACGGCUACCUGAGUGAAAAUGCCGACUUUGCUACUCGCGUUGCCGAAGCUGGGCUGAUCUUUCUCGGCCCCAGCCCUUCUGCCAUGUCGACCCUGGGCGAUAAACGAAGAUCAAAGAAGUAUCUGCAGGACAAUGCGCCCGACGUCCCCUUGAUUCCCGGCUUCUCCGGGUCUAGCCAACAGGUAGGGGACCUCGAAAAAGCGGCAGAGGAAAUCGGGUUCCCGGUCAUGCUCAAGGCGUCCGCCGGUGGAGGUGGAAAGGGCAUGCGCAUUGUGUGGGAGUCGGCGCAGCUUCGCGACGAGUUGGAGCGAGCCCAGUCAGAAGCUUCGAGAUCCUUUGGAUCCAGCGAUUGCAUCUUGGAGAAGUACGUUGAAAGCAGCAAGCAUGUGGAGAUUCAGAUUAUCGGCGACAAGUACGGAAACGUCGCGAGCUUCUUUGAGCGAGAAUGUUCUGUUCAGCGCCGCCACCAAAAGGUCAUCGAGGAGACGCCUUGUAUAUUUCUCUCCGACGAGGUCCGACGCGAGAUGGGAGAAACUGCGGUCCGCAUCGCCAAACUCAUUGGGUACGAGAACGCCGGCACUGUCGAAUUCGUCGUCGACGUCAAGACGUCCCGGUUCUUCUUCCUCGAAGUCAACGCGCGGCUGCAGGUAGAGCAUCCUAUCACUGAAGAAAUUACUGGAACCGACCUCGUCGCCUUGCAACUGUUCGUCGCAGCAGGAGGCAAUUUAACAUCGCUAUCACACAUCGAAUCCCUCAAGCAGACGGGCCAUGCUAUUGAGUGUCGACUUUGCGCCGAGGACCCAGCACGAGAUUUCUUCCCAGAGCACGGUAAAGUCCAGCUUUGGCGCCCAGCAGAUGGGCCUCUUGGACCGGGUAGAGAUGUUCGGUAUGAGACGGCCAUACAAACGGGUUCCUCGGUGUCAAUCCACUUCGACUCUAUGAUUGCCAAAAUUGUGGUGUGGGCUCCAACGAGAAACUUGGCCAUAGAGAAGAUGGCAAACGUCCUGGCUCAUACAGCCUGCAUCGGUGUCAAGACCAACCAACUGUUCCUCCAGCGCUGCCUUUUAGAACCUGCGUUCCAAGAUCCGCGGUACAACACAUCCUUCAUCAAUCAGAACCUAGAACGCCUACUCCGGUCCCCAGACUGGGAGGGACAAGAGUUUUCGAGGAAGCUUGCGAGCGUCAUUCCCAGUCUGUUCAUCCGCAAGUUACCUCACUAUCUGUGCGGAGGCGUAUCUAGCAGACGCCCUUUUCAGAACGUCCGAAAGCAAUUCCGGAAUCAGCGCUACGAUCCAGUUAGUGUGCAUUGCGACGUCGUCACAGGUGAUUGGCCUGGUGACUCUAACGAGUCUGGCGAAAAAGCUCCGCCGACGCUAUGUUUAUGGAUGCCUGCAUCCCCGCGCGUGGAUUCACAACAUGAGCAAGUCAAGAUCAUCCCCUUCGGUGCAUCCGGAAUGUCCGGAGACGAGAAGAACAACAAAGAAAAUACUGACGUCCCCAACAAAGCGGCCAUUGCAAUUACUAGCCAAUACAACAACAUCAGCAAUAAGCUUCGACACAUAGCAGAUGACCCAACAGUUUCCACAGAGGUCAGCAUUGUCCGCUGGACUCCUAUCUUAGACGCCGCAUCUCCAACCUCCAGCCAUUCAUUCUCAGCAACCCUUGAGAUCUCAAUCCACGGGUCCAAAGUCCAGGCCCACUGUGUUACGCCUUCCAGCGAGUCUGGUCUUCUGAGCCACUCGCAAGUUGUAUUCUGCCACAUUCCACAACUCGGAACAUAUGUCCAGUUCCAAAGGCACAGCCUUCUGUCGUAUGCCGAGGGCCUUCGCUCCACUGUUGCAUCGCAGAUCGGUGAAGUGCAGAACGACAUUCUAGCACCAAUGCCAUGCAAGGUCCUGUCGCUGCAAAAGAGCAUUGGAGAGGAAGUGAAAGUAGGGGAGGCUGUCAUGAUUAUAGAGAGUAUGAAAAUGGAAGUCAGCAUCAAGGCUAGCAAGGAGGGACGGUUUGAGACAUCGUGGAAAGCGGGUGAUGCGGUAGACGAAGGGAAGGUUCUUUGUCGGAUUGAGUCGUAA